GAGCUUACGGUUAAUCGAGCUGCGGGACUGCUGUGGAAAGUAAAGUGCGUCCUCAGUCAGACUGACAGGCAGUAGUUUCUGUGCAGCUGGGUCCAGCGAUUAAGGGGCGGUGCUCUAACGUGGGACAGAUCCCACGUGGGCACAGCGCCUGUGGCUGCUGUUUAAUCCACACUUUCUCAGGGAAGGACACCACUCCGCCGACCACCUGCUGUCUGCGCGGAAAGCAGCAUCACAGCCACACCCUCCUCGGAGUGCAGCAGCAGCAUCCUCAGCAGCAGCAUGGUGCCAGCCAUCCUGCUCGUUUUGGCUGUCACAGCAGUCUGCAAUGGCAUCCUCCCUGAGAUAGUGGACCCGGGCAUUAGUCACAUCCUGGAGGAUGACUCUGCACAGGGACAAGCUGAGCCGGACAAUGUGUUUGUGGAAGUGGAGCAGCUGCCAGAGGAUCCACAGCAAAAGCCCGAGGACUCGUUUCACCAAAUAAAUGAGGAGAACUCUCAGUCGAGUCUUCACAAUGCAAAUGCUUCUGAUAAAGUGACUGAUAAAGACCAGGAGACAAACAACAUUACCACAGUCGACAGUUCUAACGACCUGGAGAACAGAGUCGAUCACGGAUGCAUCAGUGACGAUGACUGUGGAAAGGGACGGUACUGUCUUCACGACCCACAUAAUGCCAAGUGUCUGCCAUGUAAAGCGCUUGAUAUGUCCUGCACUAAGGAUGCAGAGUGCUGUGGCGAACAGCUCUGUGUGUGGGGCCAGUGCAGCCAAAAUGCAACCAAGGGAGAGGCCGGAAGCACUUGUCAAUACCAGACUGACUGCAGCCCAGACCUCUGCUGUGCUUUCCAUAAUGUCCUCCUCUUCCCCGUCUGUUCGGCCAAGCCUAUUGAACGUGAGCGCUGCUUUGGUGCCUCAAACCACCUGACUGAGUUGUUGUCCUGGGGCCCGCAAGAUGAGGGACCCAGGAAAUAUUGCCCCUGUGCAGGAGAUCUCCACUGUCAAGACCUGGGAAGAGGGUCAAUGUGCCUGAAAGGAGAGGACUCGAGUGAAGAAGACCUGACAGACACGCUGUACUCAGAGAUAGACUACAUACUUUAGGCUGGGCACGAUUUAUUAACAUUGCCUUGUAAAAAGCUAGACAGACUUCUGAGCUUUUUUCUUUUUUCUUUGCAAAGAGCACUUUCUAUUUGCCGGCUUCAGUCAAAGCAGUAAAUAUUUAGGGCAUGGGAAAUGGAUGGCAGUAUAUGUAGUGCUAGUUGUGUCAUCGGCAUGUUGUUUGAUGAUUCUUUAAUCUUUGUAAGGGAAUUCUGGGCAAGAGGCACUUGAAGACAGCCACUUUGUAAAACACCUACUUGGCAAGUCCUUUGAUGCAGCUUCAUUUCUUUGUUGUUGCAGUCAUCACAGUGGGGUGAUGAAGUGCCUGCCCCCGUUUUCCUGGCAUGGCUCAUGUCCCCUUGGAUUGUCGGGUUGCUCAAAAUCAAUAUGAAUUUGUUUGGUGUAAUCUCCUUUAUCCUAGGAUGAAACAUGUCCACCAUGAUGGAAGUGGUUCUCUUCCAAGAUUACAUAAUUACUGUUCAUAGUUUACAGGGGGAAGGCUAAAAUAUGAAAAUGAUGUGAAUCAGAUGCAGUGGCCUCUGCAGUCUCCAGACUGUGGGAGAUUUUGAACCGUCACUUCAA